GGUGGUGGCCGUGCACGUAUUUAUUCUGCAGCAUGCCGGCACUGUCUGUUCCGUUAUCACAGCAAAGCAGCCGCAGGAAAAACAGAGAGCAGAGCUUUGUUUUAGAGAGAGUCUGGGCUUGAGGUCUGUUGUGACAAAGACGGAGUUAAUUUACUUCUGGAGAAUGUGUGUGGCGGCAGUGGGAGGCCUGAGGAGGGGCUCUGAAGGCAUUCAGUCUCCCUCCCUGUUCUAGGUGGAUGGAUAGGCUUCUUUGGUAUCACUUGUAAGUUUUCUUUUCCUGUUCCAACUCCUCCUUGGAGGGCAUAUUGGAGAGUUAUGAUUUGUCUGUUUGACAGCUCAGAGAGGACUCUGUGAACGUCAUUUGGCUUGGCUAUAAAUUCCACACCUGCUCCGUAACAGUAAAGAAAAAAAAUGCUGCUAUCAGUGACUUCCAGGCCUGGGAUUUCGACUUUUGGCUAUAACAAGAACAACAAGAAGCUAUAUGUGGCUCAGCAAAUGGCACCUCCGAGUCCAAGGAAUAGCACCCCCAACAGCAGUGGUGGAGGCGGCGGCGGGAGUGGUGGGAAUGACCAGCUGAGCAAAACCAACCUGUAUAUCCGAGGAUUGCAGCCAGGCACCACUGACCAGGACCUUGUCAAGCUCUGUCAGCCGUAUGGCAAGAUUGUUUCCACUAAGGCCAUCCUGGACAAGACCACAAACAAGUGCAAAGGCUAUGGCUUUGUGGACUUCGACAGUCCAUCAUCAGCACAGAAGGCUGUAACUGCACUGAAAGCCAGUGGUGUGCAGGCACAAAUGGCAAAGCAACAGGAGCAAGACCCUACAAACUUAUACAUCUCAAACCUCCCUCUGUCAAUGGACGAGCAGGAACUAGAGGGGAUGCUGAAGCCCUUCGGCCAGGUCAUCUCUACUCGGAUCCUUCGAGACACUAGUGGGGCCAGCAGAGGGGUCGGCUUUGCAAGGAUGGAGUCCACAGAGAAGUGUGAAGCCAUCAUCACCCACUUUAAUGGAAAGUAUAUAAAGACACCCCCUGGAGUAGCAGCACCUUCUGACCCUUUGCUUUGCAAAUUUGCUGACGGUGGGCCAAAGAAACGACAGAGCCAAGGAAGAUACGUGCAAAAUGGACGGGCCUGGUCAAGGAACGGAGACAUGGGCGGUAUGGCCUUGACCUAUGACCCCACCUCGGCCCUUCAGAAUGGGUUCUACGCAGCUCCUUACAGUAUCGCCCACAGCAGGAUGCUUGCUCAAUCUGCGCUAGCCCCGUAUCUUCCAUCUCCUGUGUCUUCCUAUCAGAGAGUGACUCAGACAUCUCCUCUACCUAACCCAUCGUGGAUGCAACACCAGUCGUACCUCACACAGCCUUCAGGCUCAGUUCUGACACCAGGGAUGGACCACCCCCUCUCUCUCCAGCCUGCCUCCAUGAUGGGACCUCUUACCCAGCAACUGAGUCACCUGUCACUCAACAGCCUGGGCACGUUCAUGCCAGCCACUGCUGCUAUGCACGGGGCUUACAUCUCCCAGUACCCAGCUGUGCCUUCUGCCAGUGUUUCUGCUGAGGAGAGCAAUGGCCAGCAGAAUCAACUGGCAGUGGAGCCCCCCUCAGACCACGGGGUCUAUCCUUUCCAGUUCAGCAAAUAAUGAGGUCCAGACCUGGGGAGAGAAGCCUAUGCACUCCUCCUCCGGCUCCUUCCUGUUGCUGAUGGAACCUGAGGAAUCACGUUGGUUUUUUGUUUUUUGUUUUUUUUUUUUUUUGAAUGUGCUACAUUCAAGAUCAAAGACUUUUUUUUUCUUUUGCAAAAGAAGUUUCUUGCUUUGUAUUUAAUUGCAGCGAACCUUUCUCCUACCCCAAAGACACCAGUUGAGGUGCUUCUCAUCUUCAAGAGGUUUGGGUAUGUUGGGAUUGCUUAGGAAGGCUUUUAAAAUGGUUUAAGGACAAUCGCAGUGCUGUGAAGUCAGUGAAGGGGCGCUGCUUGCCAGGUUCAGUUACGGACUAUUUUCAAUGUGUGUUUUAGAUAUGCAGGCUUAAAACUUUUGUUUUGCAAAGCUCUCAGCACACACUUUGCGCGCACACACACCCCCCUCCUUCCCACGCACUGUUUAAAGCAGGGUCUCACAGUGCAGUCCUGGCUGGCUGACAAUGUAGACCAGGCUGGCUUUGAACUCAGAGAUCCUUCCCACUCUGAGUGCCCUGCCAUGCCUAGCUAGUUGUUUUUUUUAAACUUCUUCUUCACAAUGUUCUUUUUUUCUUUUCCAUUUAGCUGAGCCUGCCUACUUUGCCUUUUUACAAUUUUUAAUUUUAUGAAUUUGAUUUAAAUUUCAUGUGGAAUUGGGGGAAGGGAGAGCAACACACAGGUAGAGAAGUGUGGCAGUAGAGGUUGCUUUCCAAACUCUGCCCUCCUGUCCUAGGAGGGGUUAGACUUUGACUUCAGGAAGCAGACAUGUGACAACCAUGCAGCCUUUGGAAACCACCUUCAACCAACUCUGGUGGCAAGUGCCACUGAGAAGUGCCAUCCUGCUUCAGCAUCCUGGGACACCUGUUCUGCCUACUGGAGGGUCUUGGGUCUUCAUCCUGCCCCAUGUCUCAUAGCCCCUGCCCCUGCUGACCCAGGAGGUUGUUUUGUCCCCGAGAGGCUGCUGUCUUGUCCAUCAUCCUUGAUUACCAAGCCUGGGGAAUAUCAUGUGUGCUGGUCCUGAACACCCGACAAUACAGAACCCGGUCCCACUCCUCCACCCCUUAUUCCCUGGCAGUUAUUUGGUGUAGACUAAACCCCAGCCCAGCCCUGGACAUGGAGCCUGUUAGUUCAUGUACUUGGCCAGCAGUGCCAUCUGUGACUUUGCCUCCUGGAGGAUCUUUUCUGCCUGGGUUUUCACAGCCUCUCAUCCCAGCUGUACAUGGCUGUACUCAAGUGGUACUUGGCUGAAUCACUUAAUUCAGCAGGAGCCAUCUUAUUAGCAGGGCUCACCCUUGGUUGUAUGUACAUGCCAAGUGCACACAGUUUGAAGGGAUGAAAGCAAGAACUGUUGUGUGUACUGUGCAUGCUUGAGAAUGGACUGAGCUCUCUCUAUGCAGAGUACCCAGCCCAGCCCUGGUGUGUUUGGACCCCUUCCCCAGGGAACCAGACCACCAGAAAUCAUUUUCCUUCUUGUGGAAGGACGAUGGGGUGCUAGGAUAGAAAAGAGGCAAGACUCACAGCUCCCUGGCCACUCAAAGGUCAGGAGGGACUUGUAAACAUGCCUGCCGUUAACUGUUCCCUUCUGCAAGACUUUCACCACCAAAUGUGACUUGUUACAUCACAUCCCUUCACGUCAUAAGUACCCCUCCAGUAGACAAAGCAAUGGAGAUGGGGAAGUGUGUCCAGAGGUCAGUGUGAAAGAGGAAGGGCAGAGCAUGGUGAUGGUGAGAAACUAGCUCAGCAGCUGUGCACACUACAGAAUUGGGAAUCCUGGCCUGACUGUGCUGCUGUGCGUUCUAGACUAAGGAAGGGGCUAAGGACAAUGGGCAGCAUCAAGUACAAAAUGACCAGUUUUCUCAUUGGUGCUUCCAACACCAGGAAGGUCAUACCCAGUUAGCGACCUCUAGCCCUCUAGCCCUCAGUGAGAGAGACUCAGAGCUCUGUCCUAUGGAAACUCUGCUGACAGUCUUGCUGUCACUGCUGCUCCUUCACUGCCUAUUAAAAAUUGUUCCGCCGGGCGUGGUGGCGCACGCCUUUAAUCCCAGCACUCGGGAGGCAGAGGCAGGCGGAUUUCUGAGUUCGA